AUGAAAAGGAACCAUGAUUUUAGCUGCUCUUCGGACAGCGAACUUGACGAGGCCAUCGAGGUGGAGAAGGAGAGCGCAGAUGAGAAUGGGAACCUGAGCUCUCCCAUGGGCUCGCUGUCUCCCUCCACGUCCACUCAGGUGCAGGCCAGGAAGAGACGUCGAGGAAUAAUUGAGAAACGACGUCGCGAUAGAAUCAACAACAGUCUGAGCGAACUCCGCAGACUCGUCCCCAGUGCCUUUGAGAAACAGGGCUCAGCAAAGUUGGAGAAGGCAGAGAUUUUGCAGAUGACUGUGGACCAUCUGAAGAUGCUUCAUGCAGCUGGAGGAAAAGGUUACUUUGAUGCUCAUGCUCUGGCGAUGGACUACCGUGGUCUGGGUUUCCGUGAGUGUUUGGCAGAGACCGCUCGCUACCUCAGCAUCAUCGAGGGCUUGGACAGCACAGACCCUAUGCGUAUCCGCCUUGUGUCUCACCUCAACAACUACGCCAGUCAGAGAGAAGCCCACUCCGGCCUGAGCCACCUGGCCUGGGGUUCCGCUUUCGGCUCUCCCCCUACGGCCCACCUCACCCACAGCUUGCAUCUCCUUCAGCACCAGCCUGCCCUGACAGCCCCCAGUACUCCCAUGGCACCCGUCAGCACAGCGUCCUCAACCAGCACUCCUUCUCCCUCCACAGACAGCCACCUCCCGGGCAGACGCAGUGGCAGUGUGACCCCUCAGACAGAGCAGGCGCCCCUCCGUGUGCCCGUCACUGCUGCUCCCACACCGGUCCUGCACCCAGCCCUCGUCCCGGCCACAGUCUCCAAACUAUCUCCUCCCCUGAUCUCAUCGCUUUCGGCUUUCCCGUUUCCCUUCAGCGCGUUCCCACUCAUUUCACCUGCUACAUCCACAAGCAUCAGCACACCGGCCUCAGCCUCUAGUGUUGGGAAACCUUAUAGGCCCUGGGGAAUGGAGAUUGGAGCAUUCUGA